CAGGAACUCCAAGCCCCAAGAGCUUUGAACAGUGUCUGUGAGCAUCUGUGUGUUAUCUCAAUUUUUGUGCAUACAUUAGCAAGAAAUAUCCUAAGAUAAAUUUCUUCUUCACUUUAUGACAUUCUGGCUUACAAAAGAUUCCAUAGGAAUGCUCCACUUUGGGACAGCAGGGAAAACUGUACAAGAAUGGCUGAAACUUUAGAAACAAUUCAAAUUCAGGAAAAAACAGAUGAAAGGAAAAGAGAAUUAUUCCCGAAAAUUAUUCCAGGCAAAGGGAGAGGCCUAAGAACCAAUGAUAAUUGCCUGAAGCUCAAAGAGGUCAGUGUCGCUGUGACAUAAAGUUCAAGGCAAGCAGUGGCAGCAAGUGAGGAGUGUGAGAUCACACAAUACCAAGCCUGCCAAACAGCAUGAAUUUAUCUUGUAGGUGAUAGGGAACCCACAAAAAGGACAUGGUCAUGCUUAUAUUUUAUAGGGAUCCCAUUCAUGGGUGACCAGAGGACAGACACUGUAGGUGGGAAAUAGACUGGAGGCAGGGAAUAUAGGCAAAAAAUGACCUUGAGUUUGGUAGGAACCAUAGACAAUAUAUAUUUAGGUGUUUAAAAAAAUCACCAGGGAGUUCUCUGGUGGCUCAGCAGGUAAAGGAUCUGGCUUUGUCACUGUUGUAGCAUGGGUUUGACCCCUGCCUCUGCAACUUCCACAUGGAUAAUGAUAAGAUGAUGAAGGAUAAUUUAAUGGUUUAAAAGGGACUUAAAGUCAAAUCAGACCUUUGAGGGGUUUUAUUUUGAUAAUGAUAAUAACCAUGACUGGUCAAUGAACAUGCUGUCUUAAGACAAAGGGAAAGAAGCUGACGCAAUGAGUUAAGGUGAGGACACUGGUCCAAAACUAGAUGAGUUUGAAGUAGACAGCGUAUGGGACACCCGGGCCCUUCCUCCUGAGAGAUGAAUUAUCACUGUAUGAAUCCAGAGGACUAUGUAAGAAAAGUAAAGGAUCCCAGCAACAACCUGUUGAAUAAGGAAAUAAUCCAGAAAUUAGGGUCAAACAGGGUGCACUGAGACCAAGAGUUUAAGAAGAAGGGGUAAACUGAAGACAGAUCAGGAGACUGAGCAGCGCCAAGUCAAGGUUGGUUACGUGUCAGGCUAACGUCCAGAGGAGAGCAGGCAUGGGCAGGAACCAAGGCCACCCCUAGAACAGGGUGAGGCUAGAGAGGAAAAUCACCCACGUCCAAAGGAGCCAGCUUUGGGGUCCUUUCCAUCUCUGAUCUCAUCUGAUGAUUUUCUUGCCCUAGGCUGGCCAAGAAGCUCGGGAGAACAUGUGCUUAACACAGCCUCCCUACUCCUUCUCCCAGCACUGAAGGUGGGAAAUGUUCUGGUCUCCCACAUAUUUUUGGUUUUCCAACAAUGUUCAAGGAGUUAGUGGAGCCAUGUGAAUUACCACUUGAAAAUACCUCCCAAUAAAUGCAGAAGCUAUUCUUACAACAGCUUCCCAGGAAGAGGUCACACAGCCAGGCAUGGGAAAGAUCCAGCCUCCAGCUGACUGGAGCUCUCGCCUGCCCCAGCGCUCUCUCCUCUCUCUCUCUCUCUUUCCUUCUGCCUCGGAACCUAGUGUCAUACCAGUUACUGUGUGGUCAGGCCUUGAUAAUUUGUCACCUUAAGCACAAAUCAGAUCUAGCUCACACAAGCACUUAGUAGAGCUGGGCUCCAAAGAGGACUGGACAUCUGUGGUACUUGACAGUCAAGCCUUUGGCGAGAUGUCAACAUUUCAUAGAGCACUUUAAAUGUUUUGGUUUGAGAGCUAAUGCAGCAUUUCCCACCGGUCAACACGAGCAGCCCAGGCAGAAAGCAAAGUAGAUUUCCCUCAGCAUCAGAUGUUACACUCAGCUGCUGAUUCAACGUUGCUUGCCUUCAGAGACCAUAGGACACUGGAAAAAUUGGAUCAUUGGUGAAGAAACACUUUGGCCAUUUCAAGAUGACAAGCACUCACCGGGCUAAAUUACUUCAUUGAAAGGAAACCUCAUUUUAGACCAAAAAAAAUUUUAAGGGCUUGGACAAGCUACUUACAAAUAGUAAAGCAGCUGAGAGCCUGGAAGGAGGAACAGAGGGCUGUUGGGCCACACCAAGACAUCCUUUCAUUCUGAUUUGGUCUUGCCCUCAGAAGUGAGAAGACGAUGAAUGCCACCACCACCCAGGCCCCCGAGGAGUCCUGCCCCCAGAACACCCUCAUCACCCAGAAAAUCAUCCCUGCGCUGUACUUCGUGGUCUUCGUGGCUGGCAUCCUGCUCAAUGGCGUGUCGGGGUGGAUAUUUUUCUACGUGCCCAGCUCCAAGAGUUUCAUUGUCUAUCUCAAGAAUAUUGUUGUUGCUGACUUCCUGAUGAGCCUGACUUUUCCCUUCAAGAUCCUGGGUGACUCGGGCCUCGGGCCCUGGCAGCUGAACGUGUUCGUGUGCAGGGUCUCCGCCGUGCUCUUCUACAUCAACAUGUACGUCAGCAUCGUGUUCUUCGGGUUCAUCGGCUUCGACAGGUAUUAUAAGAUCGUAAAGCCACUUCUGACGUCAUUCGUCCAGUCCGUGACCUCUAGCAAACUCCUAUCGGUGCUGGUGUGGAGCCUCACACUGCUGUUGGCCGUUCCCAACAUGAUCCUGACCAACCAGAGCGUCAGGGAGGGCACACGCAUUAAGUGUGUAGAACUGAAAAAUGAACUGGGCCGCAACUGGCACAAGGCCUCCAACUAUAUCUUUGUAGGCAUCUUCUGGAUUGUGUUUCUUUCCUUAAUCAUCUUCUACACUGCUAUCACGAGGAAGAUCUUUAAGUCCCACCUUAAGGCCAGAAAGAAUUCCAGUUCGGUUAAGAAGAAAUCAAGUCGCAAUAUAUUCAGCAUCAUGUUAGUGUUUUUUGUCUGCUUUGUACCUUACCACAUUGCCAGAAUCCCCUACACACGGAGCCAAACCGAAGCCCAUUACAGCUGCCAGUCCAAAGAAAUCCUGCUCUAUGUGAAAGAAUUCUCUCUGUUACUAUCAGCUGCAAAUGUAUGCCUGGACCCUAUUAUUUAUUUCUUUCUAUGCCAGCCAUUUAGAGAAAUCUUAUGUAAGAAAUUGCACAUCCCAGUAAAAGCUCAGCAUGACUUAGAAACUUCCAAAACUAAAAGGGGAAAUAUAAUGCAAGAAAGCACGGAUACUUUGUGAAUUCCCAUCUUCAUUCAAAUAAAGUCCGUGCAAGCAUACUGUCAUUUUCAAUUA